AAGAGGCUUACGAACAAACAAUGAUCGCGAGCAUUGUAAAUGUUAAAUCGAAUCUAUCUUUCAUCAAUGAAUGCGUCAUAAUCGUAGCUUCGAAACUGCCCUAAUGAGACUGGGCGUGUGUUUAGGUUCUCCUAAAAAAUUCGUUAGUUAUCACUGAAUUAUAACAAUUGAAUUUUUAAUAUAUUUUCAUUUUUUUAAAUGAUAUAACACAAUGAAACGCUGGUUAUAUAUAUUCCCAAUUAUAAUGUGCCUCAUAUGGCAUGUUAUAAGUCAAAAUAUAAAUGGUUGCCAAAUCCCCCUGGUGAUUAGGGGUUCUUGGUUUUCAUGGGAGAAUGGCAGGAAUACAUUAACAGAAAUAAACGCUAAUAGUAUGACUGGACGAGGCUUGUGUAUAAAUAUGAAAGAAGAAUAUCAUGUUAAUUAUACGUUUGUAUUUCGUGAUUCUAAUACUCCAGCCAGCUUUGACAGCUGUUAUCAUUGUGUAAAACUGCUCGUUAGGACAGUAAAUGUUUUGGAGAAACUCGAAGUGAGUUGCGUGAACUUACCCCAUAACAUAGAACCUUCUGUGGAAAAUGUCUGUACAGGUUUGAACGCGAAUCAACACUUGAUAACAUUAUUCUCUGAAAAUUAUGUACCUGUAAACUGUAGAUCAUCUCUGGAAGGAGUUUGGCAGUUUGCUUAUCAAAAUCGCUUUAGGUUUACAGGAGAGUGCAAUCAUCCAGAUGCACAAAUAAAAUCUUGUCAGACCGCGGGAACUCAGUUUCUUAUAACCAAUCAGAAAUUCAAUAUUACUUAUAAAAGAUGUUCAGGAAUGAAAGGAACCUUUGAUGGAUUGGUAGAAUACAGUUGUUUGGGUGAUUGGUUCGUCGACAAGAAUCACUUUUUCGCAGUAGCAAAUACAAAAGAGUCCCGGAAGGAUGAGAAAUAUAGAUGCUUUUUGAAAAAUCGCGAUGAUGAUUUGUAUAUCGGUGUAUCAAUCACCGCUGAGUGUAAUACUCUUAAAACUGUCGAAAAAAGUCCCGAACGUUUGCGUAUCACACCAGUUAAGGCCGAGGUAGUCGAACCUGGUUGCCGUUUACCCGAGGAUAUGUCCGGAAAUUGGAUAAACACUGCCAAUAUCGACGCAGAUAUUUUUAUCAAUGAAACGCACAUAAUUGAAACUUGGUAUCCAGACGAGGGGCGUUAUCGACGAACGAUUUACGUUUGUCGCGAACAAAGAGACUCGAGAGUAAUGAUGGCGCGAUUGACUGUUGAUGGAUGCCAGAAGGAUUAUGUUUGUUUUGAUUUUGUACGACGACAUCACAAUAUUAUUCGAUACCGACGUGGAAUGGCAGUGAUAAAAGAUGAUUUCCAUACAGUAUGUUCUUGGGUCCAGUUUCCCAACAAGGAAUCAUGGAAAUUCGAUCUGUUUUUAGCAAAAAAUCCCGUCCCGGUACGCUGUCCGGUAGCUGGUAAAUACAUGUUCCAUCAAAAAGGAGACGUUCUUUUUGAGACAAGAAUUCUAGGCGGUGUUACGAAAUCUCCACGACCAAAUAUUUAUUGUAAACAGAAUAUCUCCGAUUUCUCGGUUUGCAGUACCGAUCAAAAAGAGAUCGCAAUCGAUGAGACGUAUUGUUUGUCUGUGGAUCAUUUAGGAAAACCGGUCGACAUUUACAGCGAUCCGGAUUACAUAAUGAAGUGUAUCGGAUAUUGGAAGGAAAAUUUAAAAUCAUAUCUAAUAACAUACGAUGAAUUGGAUCCUUUCAGCAAGUAUCGCUGUUGGGUAUAUCAGAGAGCUGAUUUGAAUAGAGUGCUAAUGUCUCAGGCUAUCGGUCCAUUUUGUGAUCUCAAGCAAGACGUAAUGAGUCAAAAUUAUACGGAAGGCGCCGCGGUUGCGCUGGAAUUACAGGAAUAUGAACGAGAACGCGAUCAAUGUCCGAUGCAUUUUGAUGAUGGAAGUAAUCCGUGGGUGCAAACGGAGAACUUCGUCAAUGUCUUCCAUUUUGGUAACGGCGGUAAUAGGAAUCAUUUUUCACUUUCGAUUAUCAUAUCAUUAGUAAUAACACUUUAUUUUAAAGACAAGUAAUUCUUUAUAUAAGGAUGAAAUCAUUUAUUUUUACACUAAUAUCAUACACGUUCCGUCCAUUUAUAAUUGUAACCAAAUAUUGUAAAGUUAUAUGUGUUAACACUUCACACAUGUAGACUCGAACACUAAUUUUGUAUAAGUAGACAAUAAUAGCAUAAUGCGACAUAUCGAAAAAAUCCGUCCACGAAGAAUCUCUUAUCUAAAUGAAUGCUUUCUACUUUAUGCAUUCGUUUUAUUAUGUUCAUAUAACAAAUCAUAAAUUGUAAGACUUGAAAUUAAAUUGUAGACUAAUUUAAUUUCAAAUAGAAUUAUUAUAUAUUUUAAAUAUUUUUAUCUAACAAAAAAAUUGUAAAAGAUUUUAAAUUGAGUGUAUGAGAUUUAUAUGUAUUUUUAAAUAUUUUAAUUAUUUUAGAUUAGUAAGAUAGAAUGCAUUCAGUAAUUUUACCAAAUGUAAUUGACCAUGUUUUUAUAUAUUUUUUACAACAA